CAACGAAUUCCGAGCACGAUAACAAGGAUGUCGCUACUUCGCGCAUGCCAGCAGGGCUUGUCCAAGCAUGCCCUCAAUCGACCAUUGGCAUUACAUUCUCGUGGGUUGGCAUCGGACACACCAGCCCAACCUGUUCAAACCCGAGACCAAAGUGAGAAGGAAAGUACACAAAUUUCCGAACCCAUCAACACCGACGUCUUGACUGCAGACGUUAUCAGCGGUGCUCCAGCCGAGUUGCGUCACCGUGCAGUGCGGAUAUUCCAGCCUACACGCAACACCAUGCAAAGUGGUUCCGGGAAGACGGAGCGUUGGCGGAUUGACUGGGAGAUUUUGCAGGGAGCUGGUCGGUGGGAGAACCCUUUGAUGGGCUGGGCUAGUUCUGCCGAUUACAUGCAGGGAACGCGACUCUCCUUUAGGAGCAAAGAAGAUGCUGUACAUUUUGCCGAAAAACAAGGCUGGGAUUAUUACGUACAAACUCCUUCCAUCAAGAGGAUUCCUCCCAAGAACUACUCGGAAAACUACGUUUACAAACCCAACAAGUUACGGAUAAUGCGCACGAAGUAGAUCUGUAUCCUACUAUCUAUUCAAUGGAUUGCAUUAUUUGGGAGCACAGGUUUAACAUCAGACAGGCUUGUUCUGAGGAUAGACCUGGCAGUUCUUUGGAGAGCAAGUUCUGAGAUGGACAUCUAAAGUGUCAAGACUCGGAGUAGCUCAAUGAGUAGCUGUCGUAAGACAACUUGACACUAACGCAUAGCUUCACUAUAUACGUUUCUUGUGAUUGACGCCCAACAAGCCAACACUGUUAAAGGUUACUUUCA